GCCGCCAGCUCGCGCGCUGAUUGGCUGGGCGAGCGGACGGCUCUCAUUCACCGGAGCGGGGCGGACGAGCGCGGCCGCUAGCUCGCCCGGCGCCGGCAGUCGACCGCGUGUGCUCGCCGGGGAGGGUGUGUCGUGCCUGCGCUCAGAACACACACCAGUGAGAGACGAGAGGGCGUGCCGAGACUGAUAGCGAUGGAAGGAGACAGGAUGUGGCUACUGGCGAUAGCGCUCCUAUCACUGCUGGGCUCAGGCUUCAGCGAGUGCUACUUUCCGUUUGAAUAUCACGGCACCUACGCCGUUCAGAGCGCGGAAAACAAGUACUCGGAGGUGCUGAUCGAGAUCAACCAGAUUCUGCCAUAUGGUGUCUGCCACGCAAGAGUCGGCAACAACCUCAUUCUGCGUGACGAGAGUAACGGGUGUCUGCGCUGCUUCCACCUGGCGAUCCGCUCGGCCAAUGUCCUGCAGCUUCACACGCGGGACCCCCAGAGCAGCUGCGCCACCCACAUUGACAACACGUUCAAACUCUGCCCCACCGUGGAGGAGAUGAGCUCGCCGGCCAAGAUGGAGGAGAGCCACGUCCACGAACUCAUGAUGUACAAGGUGAAGACGCGCACCAACGAGCCGCACGAGCACCCGGUGUACUGUCCGAUCAGCGGCCGCUUCUCGUUCUCGUACGACAUCGACGACGGAACCGAGAGUGUCACCGAGUGCGCCAACUCGGACUCGCAGAUCUCCAACUGUCCGCUCGGCUUCGGACUCCACCUCAACUUCAACGGCUGCGCGUUCCGACCCAACUUCAACAUGACCUUCCAAUGUCUCGGCGACUGGGAGGACAGCAACGGAAACAACUUUAUGGCGCUGCUCGACACGGAGGCGUCGGAUGAAAAUCGGCCGCGCUAUCGGUGUGCGAUGUACCGCAAGGAGGCCGGCACGGGCCGGAUCUACGUGGCGCUCUCGUCGGACUCGUCGUGCCACCGUCACCUGGAGAGCGCCACGCGCGGCUACGAGCGGCUCGUGCUGCAGCCGGCCGACAGCCGGCCGUGGCCUCUGGCCGUCCGACAGGCCACCUGCACACUGCCCGACUGGGCCCAGGGCGUCUGGCAACACUCACACGUCGACGGCGACACCAUGGUCUACAAGGACGCCAAGAACUUCAAGACGCACACAACCCGCUGUGUGGCGCAGCAUGACCAAGAAAAGUUCGUCAUCUACUCCCGCUCCCAGUGUGGCGAGGAAGUCUACAACUGCGUCUGGCUGAAGAGGCGAGGCACCAACGUGCUGGAGUUCCAGCUCGGUUUGAGCCCUGCCAACGAGCCGACAGACGACAUGUGCGAGCCUCACCAGUUUCUGGAGACCAGCUGGAUCACACAAGGAAGGAAGCAAAUUCACCAGGAGGCCUCCUGUCCCGUUGCCGGAGAGUACGAGGGCGUCAUUCCCGAAACUGGAGACCAGCUGUGCGCCAAGCUCUACUCGGACUGCAACAACCCGGACAUCAUGUUCUACACCGUCAUCAGCUGCGAGAACGCCUCGGACAUCUACGAAGAGCGCGAGUACCGGUGUCUGGGCACGUGGCACGAGGGGGACGUCAUGUACACGUACACUCAGAGGCGAGACGUGCUGUCCUACGAGUGUUUCGCCGGCCGGGUUAUGGAUAAUGGCCGCGUCUUCAUCGGAGAAGCCGGUACCGACGAGAGCUGCCGCAGACGCAUCGACCCCACACGGACCGGGAUGCGCAUCAACAGAAUCGACACGUGCAACAGCGACAUCAACACGUUGAUCCCCACGACACCUCCUCCGCCGCCGCCGCCGAACCGACGCACCCGUCCUCCGACGGCGCCGACGCGUCGCCUGCCGCCGGCGCCCACCAAGGCGCGCACCACGCCGUGGCCAGUCACACAGCGGACCACCACGAGACCCUGGAAACCCAUCACAGCUCGACCGGGCCAGGGCAGCGGCAGCAGUGCUGUUCAUGCGUCGCUCUCGACACUGGCGCUCGUCUUGGCGGCGGCGACGGCGCUGCUCAGGCUCUAGUCCCACCGGUUCGGUAGCGGUGCUGCGUUCUUCGUCCGAGCUUCGCCGAGUGGCCUGUGUCGGGUCAGGUCAGGGUGUCGGCCGCGCCGGGUGGGGUGUCUGGGAGGAGGACUUCAGUGGUGUGGUGCGAGAGGGCCGGACUGGUGACCGACCGCUCCUCCGGGGCCGGCCGGUCCGCAGUCCGAGACCCGCACAAGUCAACACUACGCUCAGCUGUGAUAUACAUUGUAGGUGUUUGUGUGUACCCGCUGUGACGUGGUUCGAUUUCGAAUCGGUGUUCCUUACUGGCCUGUGGCCAGACUGUCUUCUCUGCCCUGUGUGCGUUCGACGUGCGCACUCGUGGCAUGAUUUGCUCAUAGUGUGUACAUACAUUAUAUACUCAUGUCGAUUGCGAGACGACCUAUGCGCUGGGCGAGCUCUUAUAUAUAUAUAUAAUGGGGAGUCGAUGCUAUACUGACGGGUCUGCUCCGACGGGCUACUAUUGUGCGAUCAUGUACAAACACUGCAUGCUGCGCCUCAUACGUGACUUGGUAAUGUAUUACACUAUUGUGAUUGUGAUACCAUGAUGUAAUAGUUUCUAGCCGUGUGUUGUUAGCUGAUGUGUUAUCGCGAAGCAUAACUAAGACAGUCGUAAUAAAUAUGGAUGCUAUUUA